UAUUAUUGCGAUAGGCAAACAACGAAAUGUCACUUUACCCAUUUUGCUUGGCUGGUUACUGAAGUCUUCAUUCGCUUGCCUACGUCUAAGAAAAACUAUUGUCUUAGUGGAUAACCUUAGCAAAAAGUCGCAGAAACAUUUCCCCAACACUUAAGGGAUUUCAAAGAAACACUUCAAAAACGACGUUGAAGGUUGAUAUGUGAGGAAAUUCGACAAAACUUGUCCCGAGUAGGGAUUCGCUCGCAAAAUGAAAAUGAUUUUGGUUAUGAUUCUCGUCGCCUGCUCUGUAUGGGAGACAAGCGCGAACGAAGUUUGGGAUCUCGGUUGCUAUUCCCAAGACAGRAGCAACAAGGAGUUUAUAUAUUCAGCUGGAAAUUACAAGGCCAGCGAUACGUCCAUCCAAGACUGCACCUCAGCAUGCGCCCUGACGACCAGCCCUUUCAAGUAUGCCGCUACAGAGGGCUCCUAUUGCUACUGCAGCAAUACAACAGACAAGAUUGCCAAAGUUAGCGACAGCAAAUGCAAUGAAGUAUGUACCGGUGACGUGUGCAUUGGACCGGCCUACAUCCGGGUCUUCAAUACCAACGUGUCAAUCGAAGGUCUCUCUGUACAUACCCCGGAUGUUGGAUUUCUUCUUCAGGAUGUUGGUUUUGGCGCCACAGUCGUUAAAGGAGAAACCAACGCAUCGUACACAUUCGAUUUCGGCGACAAGUCAUUCGUCCUGACCACGUGUUGCAACACCACCCACAAGUACACCCAAACGGGCGUGUUCGAGGUUAAAGUCUCCGCAAGAAACAGCCAAUCAGGACCGAUUCGUGCCUCGGGUUGGGUUUCGAUCGAGAGCUCCCUCGGGAUUGUGCGGAUCAAAUGCCCGGAGGAAAUAGUUGAGACUGGUAACGUGACAAAAGUGACGGCCUAUACUACCCAGGGGACAAAUUUGAGAGCGAGGUGGAUUACAAAUAACCAAGGGGAAGCAAAGUACUUCAAUAUGAGUGAUGCCACUAUCGUUGGAGUAGGAUCAAAAGCAACCUUCGGCAACAUAAGCGGCUCGCUCCAGUCCGACGGUGCUUUCAUCAAGCCCACGUCCAUGUUUAACCGAGAUGGAUACGUGAUGGCCUGGGAGGUGUACGCUGCAAAGACUGGAACCAUUAAACUUCAGGUAUAUCGCCCGGUAUGCUCAAACCCCGCGGAACUGUUCUGUCCAUUAAACAUGACGUGCAUCCCAGCUGGUCUCGCGUGUAAGCCAAGCACUACCUUCAAAUGUCCAGGAAAUGGGAAUGUCUGUCUGGCCACAGGACACUGCCUUCAAGGGUGUGCAGUACAGAAUGUAUCUUUCCCAGGAUCUUCUACUCCCAUCGUGGACUAUAGGUUAAUACAAGAGACCAUUGUCAACAUCUCCAAAGUUGGUUACAACAUAUUCAGCCUACCACCACACAAAGCCAUUGAAGUGCAAGCUGGUGACGUCAUAGGCUGGGCAACCAAUAGCAGCGCAGGAGACUUGGCGUUUGAAUUGUCAUUGGAAGAGCCCCAGUUUUAUUACCCAUACUCGUCGUUCAGCAUUGUAGUGGGUUCGAAGUUGUCCAAAAGUGCUGGAGCAAUCAAACAGAAUAUCAACCACGUGAUCAGAGCGCAUAURAGCCGGGCUUCGUUCACUUCUAAUGAAUUAACGUUCGAUAAUGCUGGGAUAUUUAAUGUGUCUGUAAUUAUCAAGAGUCAACAGGGCAAUAGCUUUAACGAUUCACUUCAGUUUUGUACCGUAUCUGUGCAGGAACGCAUAACCAACCUGCAAAUCGAACAACCUUUAUGCUAUGACAAGAGCGUUAGCUACGCUACUGGCAAGUCUUUCGACCUGAUCCCUAAGACUGUAAAAGGGAGCAACGUUACGUAUACAUGGAACAUUGCAAAUAAAACAGUCGUGACAGACAGCAAUGCGAAUAUGCAAAUAGAUAUCCCUGGUUUGCAUGAAGUAACGGUAAUGGCAUCCAACAACAUCAGCGCCUGCGACGCCUCGACCAUCAUUAGUGUUCAAAACCCCGUGGGAUUGAUUGAACUGGUCAACCAGUCACAAAACAUUGAAGUAACCAUUCCUGCAAACUUCUCCCUUCGAUUUACCCGCGGUACAAACAUCACGGUGGAGGUCUCUUUUGAUGGAGUUGUCACAGAUACGUUCUUCAUAAGCGAAGCUGCAAAUACCACCCGAGAAGUCACGCACAUAUUUUCCACAGGUGGUACCAGGGAAAUGGUUGUAAAGGCGUCUAACAACAUCUCUCCUCCUCUGGGGCAACGAUCCGAAACAUUCCCAAUCGAAGUCAAAGGAAAAAUAGGUCAACUCAUCACCGAGGUCGAGCCACAGCUAACAUCAGAUGGAGUCCUAGAAAUCGCCACUGGCCAGCAAUUCCAGAUAACAAUUUACUCUACGCUAGAUAUUCCUAUUAAUUACUCACUGACUUACGAGAUUUCUAAUAUUAAAGAUAGCAAAAUUACUCUAAAAGGCAAAGCCAGCUUCCUCGGGACGUUUGAGUCCAAGGAUUACACGGGGCAAAUCUCCAUCAACGCUACGGCCAACGGAGAGAUUAUUCGUCUGUCGAUACCUGCACGCGUGACAUGGUGUGGACCUCCUGCAAUAUUCAAACCAGCCAACUACUCAAAGAAGUCUCCGCUAAUGAAAACAAUGGCCACGCCCCUGGAGUUAAAGUACCGCUCGGUGUACACAAAGAGGGAAGGCUGUAGUUAUGGUAAACUGAUUUACAAAUGGAGAAUCUACAAAAUGGAAAGCGGUUUGUACUCUCCAGUGAACCAUUACCAACCGGACAGUGAAGAAGUCUUUAAGGUGCCGCUAAUGAUACUGAAGAAAGGGAACUAUACUAUAAACAUGACGCUGACCUACACGGGUACGGGACACCAGUAUUUGUACGAGACUUUCUUUGACAUUCGUAAAUCAGAAUUGUUCUGCCUUAUUAAUGGUGGUAAUAUUCGUGGAGUGCCUUAUGAGCCGGGUAGCGCUAUCAGCCUCAACGGAGAAGGAUCUGUGGACCCAGACCAACCAGAAGGACCUAAGCUGGCGUUCAAAUGGAGCUGCAAACUCAACGACGAUAACAACACGAAAAAUGUGUUUUCAGCUCCACUCAACUCCGACGUUCCUACUUACUGUAAUUCCACAACUUUUCAAGACACUCCCAUUGAGCCGAACGCUGCCAUCUCAAAUUUGCCUAUCAAAUAUUUCCGUGAAAAUGCUUCGUAUGUGUUCCAGCUUCGAGUGAGCAAAAACAGCCGACAGAAAACAUGCCAACAAAAAAUCCUUAUUUUAUCAGAGGAAAAUCCUUUAAUAAGUAUCCAAUGUAAGAGCAACUGUAAAGACAAAGUAAAUCCUCAAGAUCGUCUCGUCAUUAAUGCAUUCUGUAGCAACUGUAAAAACGAUACAAGGGAUCUGUCGUUUAAGUGGCAUUUACUUGACAAUAGAGGCAAGCUCGACGCAGCGCUGUACGAAGAGCCCUCCACAACAACCACAGGUUGGGAUAAAAUGAAUAUCGUCCUGAGAGAAAACACACUCAGUGAAAACAAACAGUACCAUCUGAAUCUAGAAGUGACUAGACGGUCAGUCACGACUGUCACGCAAUAUUAUAUUGUUACAACGUCACGUCCUUAUGGAGGAAGCUGCCAAGUAUUGCCCGAAGAAGGAUACAACAUUGAAAGCAAGUACCACAUCAGCUGCAAAGAAUGGCAGACGGAAGAUCCGCAGAUUCUCUAUGAGUUUCAUUACAUCAAUGUACGCCAAGCAGAAGCAAAGAUCAGUAGUUUACCACCAGAUAAGACCGUUUCUACCCUAUGGUACUAUGGACCUUUCCAUGAGACUCCUUCAAGCUCUCUGCCUAUCGGGAACAAGGACGAUGACUACAAGCUUUCAAUUAUUGUGAAGAUCUAUAAUCGAUACGGCGCUUACAGCAACUAUAACCUCAGUGCUAUCGUGCGACCACUCUCUACCAAAGAAACUACUGCUAAGAUUGAAGACAUCAGUAAACAGCUGGAGGGAGGCUUAUCAGAAUUCAACCCUGAAGAAAAUGCUCAGAAUGUCCUCCAGUUGGUCACGGCAGCCAGUUCGCUUAUCAACAACGACAAGGAACAAAAUACCGAAACAAAGGCUAAGCUAAGAACACUGAUGGUGGACAAACUGUCCAAGAUACAAAGUGAUGAGCUGCCCAUGAUUGCUGAAAAAUGUAACGCUUUGUCACUAGCUAUUGAGAAUGAGUCUGAGGUCACGUCAGAUACACAGAUAACAGCCACGGAUUCCUUAAAAAGAUCUAGCGAGGCACUAAAGAGAAAGGCUCGAGUCAAGGGUUACCAAAGCGACACACCGUUAAAACUGGAAGAAACUGCGCAAGUUGUCUUUACUGGGAUCUCGCACACUUUUUCUGCAUCCGAAUCGACGACCCAGGACUACCUAGAUCAAGUGCUUGAAAACCUUGGAAAGACAGGUCCAAAAUCACGUGACUGGUCUGUACGAAUCAGAGAAUGGAAAGGAGAAGACUCAGCAGAUGCUGCCCAGAACGUAGUAAGUACUCUCUACGGCGCCAUUAACCAGCUGUCAGAUGCCAUUCAGGAAAACAAAGUCCAAGGAGAAAACGAGACGUUAGUCACUACCAAAACUUUUGGGAUGCAGCUAUCAAAGACUGUCUGGAAUUCCAUCGGUAAUAAUAGUCUUCCUGUUCGUGGCGAGGACGGAAAACAAGUUGGUUCGUUUGUUUUGCCAAAAGUAGACGAUCUGAUGUCUGGAGCUGAAGUAGGGACUGAUGAGACGAUAGGCAUACAGAUUGUACGUUUCCCAGAAAACCCGGUUCGAUGGGACAAAGAUCUAUCUGCCUUCAUGAACUCUUCUGUUAUCGGUAUCGAGCUACGCAAUGAUCAAGACAAAGAGAUUCCUGUGUCGAAUACACGUAAAGAUAUAGAAAUCUUUAUCCCUGUAACAGGCACGAACGUCGAGCAUUACUCAAAAACAUUCCACUCAGGCACCUUAAAAAACUUCACUUAUCACUACAGAGUAGGUAACAGCCAAGUCAAAAAUGAGCCACUUUUGGUCCACAUCAAGCCAAACAAACCCCUAACUCUCUACCUAAGCUUCCGCACAUAUCCAACCACUACAACAUACCAUCUUAAGAUACAACUACCUUGCCUCAAUGAAUCAUUACCCUGGCCUUACUCUAAAGUGGAUAACUACACGAUACUAAUCAUGGACUUAAAAGAGCUUGGAGAGAAUUUGUAUCUUGCACUCGAACCAGAAGAAUUGGUCAAGUCUAAGGGCUUAGAAACUCCAAGUAAUAUGGAAUUGGUGCCUGUUUCUGAUGUGGUUCAGGUUAAUUAUACUGUUGAUGUCAGAAGCGUGGGCUGUAAGUAUUGGUCUGAGAAGACUCAGGACAAGUGGAGUGGUGAUGGAUGCAGGGUUGGCAACAAAACAAGCUACUCAUCUGUCCACUGUUUGUGCAACCAUCUCACGUUCUUCGGGUCUGUCGUCGUGAAACCAAACCCAAUCAGUAAACCAACGUUUCAGAAAUUCAAAGAAGGAUAUAUCAAUACUAUUGCCGUUUGCGUAAUCUUCAUUAUCUACUUUAUGGCUUUGAUUUGGGCCAGGCGAAAGGACAGAGCGGAUAUGAUCAAGGUCGGCGCCUGCCCACUUCCAGACAACGACCCAACCGACCAGUUCCGCUACGAGAUUACCCUCUGGACGAGCAUGCGUCGUGGUGCAAGUACAAACUCUAAAGUGAGCAUCCUCCUGGACGGUGAAGAAAACGACAGCGAGGCAAGGACCCUCGAGGAUCCCGAACGUAAGCCCUUCCAGCGCGGGAGCGUAGAUACCUUCCUACUCACCACACCCUAUCUGUUGGGUCCUCUACCGUACAUCCGCAUCUGGCAUGAUAAUUCAGGGGGAUCGUGGUUCUUGAGCCGUGUCAUGGUUAUUGACCUUCAGACAGAUGAACAUUACUAUUUUAUAUGUAACCGAUGGCUGGCUGUUGAUGAGGAUGAUGGACAGGUCGAACGUCUCAUUCCAUUAGCAAGCAAAGAAGAACUGACUGAGUUUCAGCAUCUGUUUGUCGCGCGCACACGACGUAACCUUAGCGACAAUCAUCUAUGGUUCUCAGUCUUCGCUCGUCCUGCUAGCAGUCGGUUCACUCGUGUCCAGCGGUUGACGUGUUGUUUAUGUUUAAUGAUGAUGUCGAUGAUGACCAGCGCCAUGUGGUAUAAGGACGUCCCUGUUGCAAACCAGGAUACUAACAAAUUUGCUGGCAUUAGCUUUACUUGGAAAGAUGUCUUUAUCGGUGUUGUAUCAAGUCUUAUCGUCUUCCCAGUCAACUUAAUAGUAGUCCAAAUAUUCCGAAGUGUUCGCCCCAAACCACAUCGAAUAACCCACAGAAAGAUCCCCAUGCCGCCUAAGCUCUCUCUCACCGUCACGAACCUCUCGACUUACAACAAGAUGAAAGAUUGCUCUGAUGAUUCUAACAAGGGGUCUAACAACAGCCUUGAGUCCAUGCACGAGAAGAAUAACUCCAAGAUGAGGCUCUCGAUCAAUGAUGUUCAUACAGAUGUGGACCGGGUUAGUUUCACUUCCAGCCCACUGCUUGUGGAUCGUAGACAGAGUACAAUGUGGGACUCUUCAGGUACCACCAGGCUUCAGCGACUAGUGCAAUGGUUCAAGCGACAUAGCAGCCUCCCAUACUAUUUUAUCUACGUGGCCUGGUUCCUGGCGGUAACUCUUACUCUGGGAGCGGCGAUUGUCAUCAUUCUUUAUGGCAUUGACUUUCGUAAUGCCAAGUCUUAUAAAUGGCUUCUUUCAUCAAUGGUGUCAUUCAUACAGGACGUCAUGAUAACACAGCCUUUAAAGGUAUUGGGGACAGCUAUCUUCUUUGCUCUCAUCGUCAAAAAGCCUGACAAAGGUGAGUUUGAGAUCUCCAGCGAUGCAGCCCAGUUGGCCGAGGACGAGGAUUGGUUGUACCAGACAGGGGAUCAGACAAAAGCCAAAAAGAGAAAAAAGACAAAACUGCUUCCUCCUGACCAGGCAAAACUGAUGGCUAUGCGAAAUACCCGGAUGAAGGAAAGAAAGAUGCAUUCUGUCAUCAGGGAGAUAGGAUUCUUUUAUUUGUUCCUUUGUCUUGUAAUGAUGAUCGCCUAUACUCACAAGGAUUACUAUUCGUUCAUUCAAACUGAUAAUUUCAAAAAGAUGUUCGUAGCGAAUUUCCAAGAGAUUAAAAGAGACCUUGACUUCUGGAAAUGGUCCAACGAACAAUUGAUUCCCAACCUCUUUCCUGACAAGUGGUACAACAGCAAACCAAUACCGAAAGAGGGUUUCGCAUCGGACCACAACAGCCAGAUGGUCGGUGGGGCGAGGCUUAGACAUAUCCGCAUUAAACCUGGAAUAUGCGAGGUUCCAGCUAGAAUAACCUUUAUUACACGAGAUUGUUUCAGUCAGUAUUCCAUCAGUGAUGAAGACCAUGCAGAAUACACCACAUCAUGGUUGAAUGUCACCAAGUACUCCAAACCAGUCAAUCGAAAGGAUGUUAACUGGAGAUAUCAGACGUGGAACCAGCUGGACGGGUAUCCGGUCUGGGCCGAGCUUAAUACAUAUGCCGGCGGAGGUUACGUGCACGUUCUUGAGCCAGGAAUGAAGAACUCUGAAAAACUAAAGAAACUCGAAAAGGAAUUUUGGAUAGACCGCCAUUCCCGGGCAGUCAUCACAGAAUUCACCGUCUACAACGCUCAAACUAACCUCUUCACCAUAGCAACACUAGUGGCCGAGUUCCCUGCCACUGGAGGCGUAAUCCCAUUCGUCACCAUCCAAACAGCCCGCCUCUACAAUUACACCAAAGAUUACAUGUUUUUCAUUUUGGCUUGCGAGUGUCUGUUUGUUUUGUACAUUCUCUUCUUCUUGUACCAAGAGUUGAGAAAAAUGCACAAAGAAGGAAGCGCACACUUUAAGCAGUUCUGGAACAUCGUGGACAUCGUAAUCCUCAGCUCUGCUGGCUUUGGCAUUGGGUUGUACAUCUAUCGGUUGUUAACGUACAAGGAUGUGUUGGAGAAGAGCCGUAACGCGCCCUUCCAAUUCAAAAGCUUCCAGCUAGCGGGAUACUGGGAUGAGAUGUACACGUUGUCUAUCGCGAUCCUGGUGACAUUCUCAACUAUCAAGCUCAACAAGUUACUCAGGUUUAACAAACGCAUGUCCUUGUUGUCGUCAACCCUGAAGCACGCAGCUUUUCCUCUGAUGAUGUUUGGUCUCAUUUUUGGUAUCCUCUUCUUGGCUUUUACUCUUAUUGGCACCGUAGUUUUUGGGACAGCAGUAAGAGGGUAUCGAAAGGCAGGCUCAGCUUUCACAUCAUUAUUGAGCUUGAUGUUGGGGAAGACGUCGUUUCUUGAGAUGAACGAAACCAACAGAAUUCUCGGGCCCGUAUAUUUCUUCUGCUUCAUGUUCCUCGUGUCCAUGGUUCUCAUCAACAUGUUUUUGUCUAUUAUUAUUGAUUCCUACCACGAAGUCAAGAGAGAUUUAGAAAAACAAGACAAUGAAUACGAAAUCGUGGACUUUAUCAUCGAGAGAUUCAAGAUGUGGUCUGGUAUCGGAAAGGCUGACAAACCCGAAUUCAAACACCGCCAUGUUAGAUGGGACGUGGUAGAGUCCAAGGUCAAGUCAUUGAAUGCUCUAACUGGGGGUGGUAUUGACCACGUGUCAAAGCUGGAGAGCCGAAUAGAGAAGCUGAUUCAGCGAACAGACCUUCUCUACACUGAAAUAUUUCCUGAGAAGCGGAGACGACCCACCAAAGCCAUGCGCCAUAAACACAGACUAUAAUCCUAUUGGUUUAAUAAGGGCCUAAGUUCUUAGAACUUCACAAGCUAAAACCUGCUGAUUUUUAACUAGAGCCACAAUAAACAUUUCUAUUAGUAAGUUAUAAUCUUAUACUCCACUAAACUUUACCUUUCGAUGUGUUUUGAAGUAUUUUUCGAUGGUAGUCUGAAACACUAGCAAAGCGUCUCACUCAAGGAGCAGCCAUCUUGAAAAGCAACCACGCCUCAUUACGGCUAGACCUCAAAUCGAGGCUUCGUGAUUGCUUUACUAAAGAUGUCAUAACAUUAUAAUUACGAUCGAUGAAAGACAAAGAAGAUACGAUAGUUAUUUUCUUUAUCAUUUUUUCAAAAAUCAUUGGGGAAAAUGUUACCCUAAAUCACCAAGCCCAUCGCUUUGAAUAAUAAGUCAGCCUGAUAGUCAUAAUUAUAUACCUUAGAUUUCUGAAACAAACUUUAUUUGUGUUAUUGCCAAGCGAAAAGAAAAUUCAACUUGUCGCCAGCAUUAGCCAUGCAUAGUUUUUGUACAUAACCCUAUAUUUUUUAUUUCAAUCGUUUUCCCCCCAUGACGUAUUGUUAUUCCGUAAGAAAAAACAGGAGAAAAAAAGUUUUCCAGUUUAUAAUACUGCUAGGUUACAAAGGAUAUUAUAUCUAUUAAUCAGCUACAUGUAUUCAGAAUGUUUUAAAUUCAGUACUGCCCUGGUGGUAGUAUGUUAAAUGCGUUUAAUUAUAAUCAUAAACCAAUCAUAAAACAUUGAUGUUACUCAUAAAGGUUUGUUACGUUCAUGUUUUGAGCAACUCCAGAUUCAGGACUUAAUUUGGCUUCCAUGCAUCUGUCAAAGUCAAGUCUUAUUACCGUUUUGAUCGACGGAAAACAAGAAAGCCCUGAAAGUUAUCGAGGUCGAAAGAACAUAUUAAAUUGACUUUUAACCAUAUAUAAUUAUGUUAACUUGCUAAUAAUAACUUACCUAGUGCACAGGGAAGACCGUCAUUGAAGACACGAAAUCCUGAAGUUAUUUUCUUUGCCCUCGUAGUUUUUGCAAAUCUUGAAGUCACCAAUGUUAACAAGAAUUAUAUUAAUAGGAAUUUAGGUCUUGCAUUUCAGUCACUGUGUGCACAGAAACUAGAGGCCUGUGUGUCAUAAGAAUUACUGUAUACGUACUUACGUAACUUGUGGGGCCAUUGACAUCAACCAAUCAAUCGUGCAGAAAGAAGGAAAGCCAUCUUUGGUCCAAUCACAUCGCUUGCUGCAACAGCCCGCGUCAGGACUAUGAAUUCGCUUCACUUCGUAGUGUUGAUAGCCUGCUAUAAUGAGGGAGAGGGAUUCCAAAGACUAUGCUUCAAGAGAGGUUAUUAAGGUUGCCCCAAACCUCGAAGCCAAUCAUAACAAAUUUUUUUAAGUGUUCCAAAAGGGUGUAACUCUUUCUUUCUAGGUAGCAAAAGGUGUGAAUGGAUUUAUUACGGUAUAAACUUUGAAGGGGUAUUAGUCUUAGUAUAACAAAAUUAAUCAAUAGAGAGACGAAUCAUUUUGUGACGUAAAUACAUAUCGGUCAAUUCUUCGAUUGCACGUUACGUCAUCGCGGCCAUGUUGGUGCCAUUUAACAAAAGAUUUCUCAUUAGCAUCCAUAGUUAACAGCACCACAAUGGCCGCCAUGUUUUUGUCUUGAAUCUCUUGGGAAUGCUUGCAACCCAUCAAUAGUGAUCGAAGAAUGUAGGAGGUAAAUUAAUUUUGCUAUUAAAGGACAUAACAUAAAGAUC